CACUCAACAUCCAACCAGUCACAGUAGAAGAGCGUGGCCUAUAAAAGCCUUCCUCUUCCGGGUACCCGGAAAAAUUCGAAAAAAAAAAAAAACUACACAACAAAAAACAUCACUCGCUCCUCACACACAAACGAACGCAGAGAACGAGAGAGCGGAGCCAAGUGUGUAACGUCUAUGUAGGGAAAAAUUAAUUCUCAAAUCUAGAUCGAACCCUAAAUUUUCUUAACCUAUAUCGAAUUCUCUCAUUUCUUUAUUUAUCAGAUCCAAUUAUCGAUUGACGAUUUUGUAGUUACUUAGAUUGAUAGGAGGGAAUUAUGGCGGCCAUUAAGUCGGUGAAUAGAUCGGCGUCGGUGGCGUUAGCCCCGGACUCGCCUUACAUGGCAGCGGGGACGAUGGCGGGGGCGGUUGAUCUGUCAUUUAGCUCGUCUGCGAAUCUUGAGAUCUUUAAGCUUGAUUUCCAAUCGGAAGAUCAUGAUCUCCCUGUUGUUGGUGAGUGUCAAAGUUCUGAGAGAUUUAAUCGUCUCGCAUGGGGCAGGAAUGGAUCCGGCUCUAAUACAUAUGGUCUUGGACUUAUUGCUGGUGGCCUUGUUGAUGGCAAUAUCGACAUUUUGAAUCCCUUGUCCCUGAUCCGUUCUGAGGCAAGUGAAAGUGCUCUUGUUGGUCAUCUAUCACGUCACAAAGGGCCUGUUCGUGGCCUUGAAUUUAAUUCCAUCACCCCUAACUUACUUGCAUCUGGCGCUGAUGAUGGUGAAAUCUGCAUUUGGGAUUUGGCUGCACCUGCAGAACCUUCUCAUUUUCCACCUCUCAAGGGUACUGGUUCUGCCUCUCAAGGAGAGAUUUCGUAUGUUUCCUGGAAUUGCAGAGUUCAACAUAUAUUAGCAUCCACUUCUUCCAAUGGAAUAACAGUGGUUUGGGACCUAAAGAAGCAGAAACCAGCAAUUUCUUUUGGAGAUUCAAUUAGAAGGCGGUGCUCUGUUUUGCAGUGGCAUCCCGAUGUUGCCACUCAGCUUGUUGUUGCGUCGGAUGAAGAUGGGUCUCCUUCUCUUCGGCUUUGGGACAUGCGAAACAUAAUUGAACCUGUGAAGGAGUAUGUGGGACACACUAAAGGUGUAAUAGGAAUGUCAUGGUGUCCCAAUGACAGCUCAUAUUUGCUUACCUGCGCUAAAGAUAAUCGAACAAUCUGCUGGAAUACAGUAACUGCAGAGAUUGUCUGUGAAUUGCCAGCUGGCACCAACUGGAACUUCGAUGUUCAUUGGUAUCCCAGGAUGCCUGGGGUUAUAUCAGCAUCAUCUUUUGAUGGAAAAGUUGGCAUUUACAACAUUGAGGGUUGCAGUCGAUAUACUGCUGGGGACAACGACUUUGGAAGAGCAAAACUAAGAGCUCCAAAAUGGUGUGAGUGUCCGGUUGGGGCUUCUUUUGGCUUUGGAGGAAAGCUUGUAUCAUUUCGCCCUAAGUUACAUGCUGCUGGUGCUUCCGAGGUUUUUUUGCAUAACUUAGUUACCGAAGACAGUUUGGUGAGUCGAUCAUCUGAAUUUGAAAGUGCCAUACAAAAUGGGGAGAAGUCUUUGCUAAAGGCUUUAUGUGAUAAAAAAUCUCAAGAGUCUGAAUCAGAGGAUGAUCGAGAAACUUGGGGUUUCUUAAAGGUGAUGUUUGAAGAAGAUGGAACAGCAAGGACUAGGAUGCUUGCCCACCUUGGUUUUAGUGUACCCAUUGAAGAAAAAGAUGCUGUACAGGAGAAUGGUCUCAACCAGGAAAUAAAUGCCGUUCGACUCGAUGAUACACCUACUGACAAAGUGGGAUAUGAGAAUAAUAAAGAGGCCACCAUCUUCUCUGCUGAUGAUGGGGAAGACUUUUUUAACAACCUUCCAAGUCCUAAAGCUGAUGCUUCUUUGGCGCCGUCUGGUGAUAAUCUUGAUCUUGGGAAUUCUGCUCCUAUUGCGGAAGAAAUAUCACAAGAACCAGAGACAUUGGAGGAGAGUGCUGACCCAUCAUUUGAUGAUAGUAUACAAUGUGCUUUGGUUGUGGGAGACUACAAAGGGGCUGUUGCACAGUGCAUAUCAGCAAAUAAAAUUGCUGAUGCUUUAGUUAUUGCUCAUGCUGGUGGCACUUCAUUAUGGGAGAAUACACGUGAUCAAUAUCUUAAAUUGAGUCCUUCACCUUACUUGAAGAUUGUUUCUGCAAUGGUGAACAAUGAUCUUUUGACCCUUGUAAACACCAGGCCUCUCAAAUACUGGAAAGAAACUCUUGCACUCCUUUGUACAUUCGCACCAAGUGAGGAAUGGAGUAUGCUAUGCAAUUCACUUGCUUCAAAAUUAAUAGCUGCUGGUAAUACUUUGGCGGCAACUCUUUGUUAUAUAUGUGCUGGCAAUAUUGACAAAACAGUUGAAAUUUGGUCAAGGAGUCUGUCCACUGAGAGUGAAGGGAAAUCGUACAUUGAUCUUCUUCAGGAUUUGAUGGAGAAGACCAUCGUCCUUGCUCUGGCAAGUGGUCAAAAGCAAUUUAGUGCCUCUUUGUGCAAGCUUGUUGAGAAGUAUGCUGAAAUUUUAGCCAGUCAGGGCCUCUUAACAACAGCACUAGAGUACUUGAAACUUUUGGGUUCUGAUGAUUUGUCUCCUGAGCUUACAAUCAUAAGAGACCGUAUUGCUCUCUCCAUGGAACCUGAGAAAGAAGCUAAGACUCCAGCUUUUGAGAACACCCAACAGCAAGGUGGAUCAUUUUAUGGUGCCCAACAUCCUGGUUUUGGUGUGGCUGAUGCCCCUCAUACUUAUUAUCAGGGAGCAGUUACUCAACAAAUGAACCAGAGUGUUCCUGGGAGUCUAUACAGUGAAAAUAAUCAGCAACCUAUUGACUCGUCGUACGGAAGAGGAUUUGGUGCUCCUUCUCCCUAUCAGCCUUCACCACCGCCCCCGGCAUAUCAGCCUGCACCACUGCCCCAAAUGUUUGUUCCAACUCCUACACCACAGGCACCUAAGACAAAUUUUGCUCCACCUCCACCUCAUGCUGCUGCCUCUCAACAGCCUACGAGGCCUUUUGUCCCUGCAAAUGUUCCCAUGCUAAGAAAUGCAGAACAGUAUCAGCAACCCACAUUGGGCUCUCAGUUAUAUCCUGGGACUGCCAAUCCUGCCUAUAAUCCUGUACAACCCCCAACUGGUUCACAAGGACCUAUCACAGCUCAGACGGGUGCAAUUCCUGGCCACAGAAUGCCACAAGUUGUUGCUCCUGGCCCAACACCAAUGGGAUUUAGGCCUGUACAUUCAGGGGUUGUUCAAAGACCUGGGAUUGGUUCAAUGCAACCGCCAAGUCCUACUCAGCCUGCAUCAAUGCAACCAGCUGUGGUUCCUGCUGCUCCACCGCCUACCGUGCAAACAGUCGACACCUCAAAUGUUCCUGCUCACCAUAGACCAGUCAUUACAACAUUGACAAGACUAUUUAAAGAGACAUCAGAAGCUUUGGGAGGUGCCCGUGCAAAUCCAGCCAGGAAGCGUGAAAUUGAAGAUAAUUCAAGGAAAAUAGGUGCCUUGUUUGCUAAACUCAACAGUGGGGAUAUAUCUGAAAAUGCUUCUGAUAAGCUUUUUCAGCUAUGCCAGGCUUUGGACAUGAAUGAUUUUAGCACAGCUCUGCAAAUCCAGGUACUUCUUACCACAAGUGAGUGGGAUGAAUGUAACUUCUGGCUAGCAACGCUCAAAAGAAUGAUCAAGACAAGGCAGGGCGCUGGUGUGAGAUCAAGUUAAAACACAAAAUUUCAAACUACAUGAUCUCUACUUAGCAUUUCUCAUUCGACGUGUGCUGUAGCUCUUUUAGCUGGUUGUCUUCUUCGAUGUAAACAAAAGCGGCUUCGCUAGACAGAACUGCAGGGCUUUGGAUUAUUUGCCCUAACUCGCUGUUACAGGAGUAAUGCCUUUUGCUACAUCGAGUCAGCGCGGAUAGUUAUCAGGACAUUGAUGGUAUUCCCUUUUCUUUCUUUUUUUCUCUCCCUCUUUUCGCAUUUAACAUUUGUUUGUAGUGUUGAGAAAUAGAGUUUUGGUUUUUAGUACACCAAUGACCAAUGUUGCUACAACUCACAAUUUUUUGUUGAAGUACAGUGGCAUUUAGUUUAUCUAUUGCUGUCACCAUCUGCUGUAUCUCCCUCAUGAUACUUACUAUCUAUCAUGUGUAUGAGAAAUGGAACUUCUAAUAACAUGAUUGUUAUUGAAGUAUUUUGUUCCCCCU